AUGGGAAGAUACGGUUCAAAGACAAAAAUGAAUAGUUGGGGUUCAGCAGCUAGUGCAAUCUACUACGUGAAUUAUGAAUACCUCAAAGGAGGACUAGGCCCCUACAACCGCUUAAUUCGCGUCCUGAAAAAUCAAGUCCCAAAGAAGUUCGCCGAACGUUCAGCUCACAGGAAGGGUAAAGAUCCAGCGAAGGUAUAGGGUUACGUUCAGGAUUUUGGGAUGGGAGGGGUGGGGCGGGGGCAACAUACCUCAUACUGGAAUUUGGAAGUUCGUAGCAGUCAACCACAAUUUUCCAUUGUCUGUAACCUUAUUGAUUACUGAAAUGACUUCAACAAUGUUCAAAACUAGAGUGAAACUACGAGGUCCAGCCAAGUGGUUUCCUUGUGAUUUCACUGCCAAACCAGAUAUGAAAAUUUACGCAGAAUUCCUUGUAUCAAGAAUGUGCCUAAACCUUUCUCCUAGUCAAUCAUUUUUCCCUUUUUGGGUUUAAUUUCAAUGGGGACUUAAAUCUCCACCUUAUUUUCAGAUCGUUGUGCUCUUCACUGACGGAAAUACAGAAAGCGGCGAUGGGGAGUUAUUGGACACCUUCAAGCUCCAAAAUACAGAGAGAGUGAUAAGAGCUGACAACAUCAGUCUUGUAGGUGCUAUUAUUCCCAACGUAAACGGCACACAGCGAAUAGAUCAACUGAAGAGCAUUGUGUCUGAUCCAAGGGAUGGAAUCGAAAUGGAACUUACUGAGGCAAACUUGAACGAAAUCGCCGAUGACCUCGCUUUUCGUAUUAGAAGACUAUUAUUCUGUCGAGGUAAGAGGUUUUCUUUAAUUUUUUUUACUUUGGUCACAGUGAGUUACGUUCGUAUAACAACAUUCUUAGGUCAAAACGAUUUCAAAGAUAUUUAAUGAGGUCACUGUUAACUGGAUAGGCAUUUAUAUAAUUAUCAUUACAAUCAUCAUCGUUAUCAGAAUCAGAAUCAACGGCAUCGUCAUCGUCACUAUCAUUAUCGCUCUCAUUAUCACUCUCAUUGUCAUUGUGGUUAUCGUUAUCGUUCUCAUAAUCAUUGCCGUUGCCAUUGCCAUUGAAAUUGCUAUUGCCCUUGCCAUUGCCAUUGCCAUCGCCAUCACCAUUGCCACUGCUAUUGUAAUAAUCAUUGUCAUUGCCACUGCAAUUGUCACCGCCAUUGCCAUCAUCAUUGCCAUUGUUAUGGUCAUUGUCAUGGUCCUGGUUAGUCAUUGUCGUUAUUGUUGUCGUCCUCGUUAUCAUAAUCAUUGCCAUUGUUAUGGUCAUCGCCAUGGUCAUGGUCAUGGUUACUUUCAUUGUCGUUAUCGUUAUCAUUACCAUAUUCAUUGCCAUUGCCAUUGUCAUGGCCAUGGUCAUUGUAAUUGUCAUUUUCAUCGUCAUGGUAACUGUAAUUGUCGUUAUAGUUAUAGUUAUCACUAAAAUAAUCAAUGUCAUCUCCAUUGCCAUUUCCCUUGCCAUUGCCAUUGCCACUUUCAUUGUCAUUGUCAUGGUCAUUUUCAUUGAUAUUGCUAUUGCCAUUGCAACUGUCAUAAUCAUUAUCAUUGACAUUGCCAUUAUAAUUGUCAUGUCAUUGUCAUGGUCAUAGUUAUUAUUAUUGUCAUUAUCGUUAUUUCUAUCGUAUUAUUAUUAUUAUAAUCAUCCUCACAUUUAUUGUCAUUGUCCUUUUCAUCGUUGUUAUCAUUAUCAUUUUCUUUGGUGCUUUUCUUAUCGCUGUAUAUUUUAAUCACAUCGAAGUUUCCUACACGGUGAAAGUUUUCACCCCUCAAACAAAUAUCAUCACGUCAGAGUUCCGUCUGUUCACCCUGCUCGUCGGAAGCGGUGGAAAAAUGACAGAAGACUUGUUGUUACAUGCCCCAAGGACAACCCCAGGGUAGGCUAAUAACCAAUGAUUUCUUUAGAUUGCAAAAUCAAUUCUCCUUUCUGCCUGCCAUACAUUCCUUCUAAUGUCAGUAUUCCCUAUAGUUUAAAUUUUUCUCAAUUCUCAUUACCUGUGUGUUUGACAUCACAAUAACAACGGAAAGGAGAAAUUGUCUUCGGUCAUACGUGAAAGUGAAAGUAUUAAAACUCCUUGAUCUAAGAACCACUUCAAAGACCUUUAAAAUCUGAAAACAUCGACAUCGUGUUUGUUACAACUCAGUGGUACAUUAGUGCACUACGUAGUUCUAAGGAUUUUUAUGCCGCUCCCCGUGGAGGACUUCAAUUAUUUCUUUCUCUUGACAAAACGAAGAGCAACUUGCCAUGUUUUCCUUUAUGAUGCAUUAUUAAUCUCGGUUGCCAUUUUGGCAGUAUUCUUCGCAAUCGUUGUUGGUGGGGGAGAGAGUACGUACCUAAACGACACCAAAAAACGGCUGCAGAGGUGACUACCAUUCUGGAGAAGAACCCAUAGGCAGGGUGAUCUCAGAGAACUUGGAUGCGUGAUAAUUUUUACAAUGCUUUCUCAAUGUAGUACGUUCAAAACUAACAGAUAGUUAUCAAAACGUUAGGAAAUAUCAUGGAAGGAACUGAAAAUAACCCAUAACGAAAAUUUGUGUCUUACAUCUCAAUGCUUGAACAAAAUUGAUGACAAAAAGUUCACUAAUUUUUUUCGCCCUCAGAGUUUCACUCGAAUACGAGGUCAGUGGCAUCGAUGUUGGGGACAUCACAGAGGUGAGAAUCAGAUCAGCCAGACGAAUCCAAGGUCAGGCAGGCUGGGAACUAAGAAAGGUACAAUAUAUGUAAUGAUGAGCCUUCAUUGUUUACGUUCUCUAUGCUUUUCCAGUCACCUUUGUAACGCUGUUUUAGUCUCAAAAAGCGUUUUUGUUUUGUUCUGUUUUAUUUUUCUAGGUUGAGGUUACACAGGGUAACCAAACUGUAACUGCAGUAUUCAACGAGAACAUUGCAGCCUUCGAUGGUAGUUGGAAAUCUGGUAGGGAAAAAUACUUAAGCCUUUGCAGUUUUUCAUCAUCUAUUUUAAGUUUCUUUGUACUCGUGACUAUGGGAGGGGUCUUCCUUAGCGGUGGAGAUGGCAGAGUUUCUGUGGGAGUCCUGUGGGACUUCUGUCCAUUGUGAAUCUUGUUGGCUGUUUAGGACAAAGAACCUUCUGAGGGAAGACGAUACCAAAAAAAGGAUAGUGGAAAUAAUUUAAAACUUAAUCAUAUUUGAAGAAAUGGCAAAUUUGAGUAAAAGCGCGCUUUGAAAUGCACUGAAGGAGGCGAAAAAAAGUGGUCUGGCAAUGUAUUUGUGAUUUCUAGGAGAUAUAACUUAUGUCAGAUCUCAUUUUGUGCCUAUAGAAGAUGAAAGUUCAUCUUUAAGCCGACAACUAAACUCACAAAGAAACUAUAAAGUUUCUCCUCAACCCCAGUUUCCACGGCGCUAAGUGACAAUCGUUUCUGUUACUUCCCUGGAUUGGAUGCAAAUCCACCGCAAGAAUGUCUUUUUAUAAUCCCGGGUAGAGAGAAACAUUCUGAUGAUAAACAAUGGUAAAGAGCGAUAUCUAAGAGACAAAGCUUUUUUUUGCUCGUCUCUAAUGAUCAAUAGCCUCAUGCGAUAACGUAUUUUUCAGCCACACCAAGUGAGCCUGAGGAAUCGGUCGAUGUAUAAAGUCAUUCUCGAAGAAGGAAACCAGUAGAAGUGCAGAAAGCUAAAGAUGCAAUAAUCAGGUUGUCAUACAUCGUAUAAAUAUAAAAAGUCUAAUUGAUGAAUAUGAAUAAACUAAAUGAUUAAAUUAAGUCAACCGGUAGUGUUUUAGUUUCGCGUCUAUUUUGAUGAUCGAAGAAAUGUCUUUCCGUUUUUAUAUAGCCUGAUGAUAUUGAAAACCACGACGCGAAAAUGGUUUCCGUGUUUACAUAGCCUGAUGUAAACACAGAAACCAUUUUACAUUUCUUUUAUAAAAUAACUAAUGAAAGAGGAACGAAAACCGUGUUUACAUACGCUCAUGUAAAAUGGUUUUAUGGCCAAUCAGAGCGCGCGUACUAUUUGAAUUAUUUUAUAAUUCUAGUUCGUUUGUGCCUUUGAGAACUUUUCCCCGAUACGAAAAUUUAGAUAAAAUAGCGUAGACAUUCUGUCACACAUUUUGCGCGAGACUUAACCCUCAGCAGAACACGUACGGAGAUCAUGACAUCGACAUCGAUGUAAUGAUGAUUCCAGGAGACUGA